AUGACCACCUCCAGUAGGACGAAUUCUGCUACAUCCAGGGUAAACUCCUUGGUCAAAAUAUUUGAUCCGAGUGCUUUACAAAACCAGGGGCUUGCUAAUGAAGUGGAAACCACCCAAAUUCCUCUUGCUGCAAGCAAACAUGUCAGCUCCUCUGAAAGUUUUAACACGUUGGAUGUGAAGUUUGCCUCCCUUGGUCAGAAAAUAGAUAAGUUGUUGACUGUGCAGGACAAUGUCCUUCAGACGCUAAACAGUGUUUCCCAGGAAAUGUGUUGCAUUGAAAAAGACAUUGAGAUGUUAAAGGCAAAAGCAGCUGGAACCACCACAGAAAAAAGUGAAAAGCUAAAUAACUCUGAAAUGAAGGGGCUGUGCAUAGAAAUGACCAAUACCCUUUCUGACAUGAACAAGAGUGCAGAGCAGCAAGCUAAAAGAUUAGAUGGAAUGGAACAAAUAGUGCUGGGGUUACAGGAGCUUAUAGGGUUUGUGGCUGAGAAGUUUAAAACGUGUAAAAUCACUGAUUUAAUUCUCAAAAACAAAGCUCCUCCUAAGCUUGUCAAGGUUGGCAGUUACUUAAAGAAAUAUAAGGUUGGAAACAAUUCCAGAAUGAAGACUUUCUCAGACAAAAGGGAUACGGGCACGUCCAGCAACAGAAACGAAAAGGCCAUCAGGGAUCAGAAAGAAAAGGAGAAGUCAUGUUUAAGUGCGAAGGGAACAAAGUUUAUAAAAAAGAAGAAACCACCCGAUUCCACAGAGGGAGCCAACCAAGAAAACCAGUCCUGCCCUCACAAAGAAACGGUCCAUAUGCUCAAUAAGGAAAAUACUGAAAAGGCAAGUGCUUUUUUGGUUCAAAGGAGUUCUCCCAAAUCUCAAGGGCCAAAGAACAAGGGAGAGGAUUUAGCUUUGAAAAGUCAGAAGGAACACACAAAGAGCUAUGUUCAAACAUCCUUCAGUACAAGAAAGAGCCAAGGAGCAGAGGUUGCUGUUGAUGACAUUAACCCAAGGAUAACAGGGCAAGAUGAAGAGAAGGAAAGUGAAUCCCUGGAAGGUGUGAAGAGGGCUGGUGGACAGCAAGCGCCUGAAGAAGAAAGGCAAGAGGAGGAAGAAGAAGAGGAUGAUGCUGGUCACUGUGAAGAAGAGGAGGAAGAAUCAGCAACUGCAUCCCAAAAUGAACAUGAGGCAGAGGAUGAUGAGGGUCCAGCAGAAAGCCAGGGACAAGAUGCACAGCUUCAAAGGUGUAAAGGCAGUGAAAAAGGCACAGGAAGCAAAACAUCAGGGACGUUCUCCCAGGACCCUGAGCAGACCUGCCAGCUUGAGCAUAGAGGCAGCAGUAAGCGUCGAGUGAAUGAUGAAGGUCUAAUCAAAGCUGACAACAAAAAGAGCAGGGUAGACGCAGAGAGUGCUGGUGACAAAUGUAAACGUAAAGAGGCCAUUAAACCAAAUACUCCACAAGACAAACCAAAGGCAGCUGAUUCCACUGGUACAGAGAGUGAUAAUCAAGCAGAGGCAUCUAUAGAAGAUUUGGUGACUGUAAUUGAUGAUGGUCCUGCUCCUCCAGCGCCGUUUGAUCACCGGAUUGUCUCAGCAAAAAAGGCAGUGGUCAACAGUUAUUAUGAAGUCAACCAGAAAGAAGUUCUGGGAGGAGGGCGAUUUGGUCAGGUGCACAAAUGUGAAGAAAAAGCAACAGGUCUCAAGUUAGCAGCAAAAAUUAUAAAAGCCAGAGGUGCUAAAGAAAAGGAAGAAGUAAAGAAUGAAAUCAAUGUCAUGAACCAGUUGAACCACACAAACCUUAUCCAGCUGUAUGAUGCCUUUGAAUCAAAAAAUGACAUUGUUCUGGUCAUGGAAUAUGUGGCUGGAGGAGAAUUAUUUGACCGAAUUAUUGAUGAUAACUACAGUUUGACAGAGAUGGAUACCAUCUUGUUCACAAAACAGAUCUGUCAAGGGAUUCAAUACAUGCAUCAGAUGUACAUUCUUCAUUUAGACCUGAAGCCCGAGAAUAUCCUGUGUGUGAAUCGAGCUGCUUAUCAAAUAAAAAUUAUUGAUUUUGGAUUGGCAAGAAGAUAUAAACCCAGAGAAAAACUUAAAGUGAACUUUGGCACUCCGGAAUUCCUCGCUCCUGAAGUUGUGAACUAUGACUUUGUCUCCUUUCCCACGGACAUGUGGAGUGUAGGAGUCAUUGCCUACAUGCUGCUCAGUGGAUUGUCUCCUUUUCUGGGUGACGAUGACAAUGAGACUCUCAACAAUAUCCUGGCUUGUAGCUGGGAUUUCGAAAAUGAGGAAUUUCAAGAUGUUUCUGAAGAAGCCAAAGACUUCCUCUCAAAGCUUCUAAUCAAGGAAAAAAGCUGGAGAAUGAGUGCAACUUCAGCCUUAAAACAUCCUUGGUUAUCAGACCAUAAACUCCAUUGCGGACUACACAAGCAGGUCUCCACGUUUAAAUAUUCUUGUUCUUUGCAGAUCUGCCAGUGCUUUUUUGUUCUUGUGACCUCAAUAUUUGUUCUGAGAUUCUCUUCUUCUGUUCUUGAGUCUGUCUUGCUGCUGAAUUAUGUGUCAUUGUGA